CUUCAUUCCAUUCAUUCCUUCGGUCAUCAUUGGCGCUCCAGCACACUCUCACUCCAUCCCCCUCCCACACCGCUUCGUACACACUUUUCCUAAUGGGACUCACAAAAACAUACAAGGACGGAAGCACACCCGUCGUCGCUAUCAUUGGUGCAGGAUUCUCGGGCCUCUGUGCUGCGAUCCGUAUUCAAACGCAGCUGGAUUUGAAGACCUUCCAGGUCUUCGAGCUGGAACCCGAUCUUGGAGGAACCUGGUGGUCCAACACCUACCCUGGAGCAGCCUGUGAUGUCGCCUCCAUCAACUAUCAAUUCUCUUUUGAACCCAACUACGAAUGGAGCCAUCGCUUUGCCCCUCAGGCCGAGAUUUGGGCCUAUAUGAGACGCGUUGCCAAGAAAUACAACCUAUAUGAGAAGAUCCGCUUCAGGACCGAGGUCACUCGCGUAGAAUGGAAUCAGGACCGUCAAAAAUGGAUUCUGAACUACAUGAACUUGGCCACUGGCGAGCAAAGCGUUAUGGAAGCUGACAUCGUGUUUUCAGGCACGGGACCCCUGCGCAUCCCUCAGAUCCCAAAGCAAUUCGAGAACUUUGAGGGACCGAAGUGGCACACUGCUCAGUGGAAUCAUUCUUUCGACUUGACCAACAAGCGUGUGGCCGUUGUAGGCAGUGGAGCGAGUGCAAUCCAGGUCGUACCAGCCAUUGUGGACAAGGUCAAGACACUGGAGUUCUACCAGCGUACACCUACCUACAUCGUUCCUCGCCGGAACGGCGCUUACAGCAAAUUGUGGAAGUUCAUGUUCCGAUACGUCCCCUUCUUUCACUUCAUCUACUUCAAGCUAAACUACUGGAGCUCGGAGCUUACAAUCAAUAUCUUCAGCAACAAGUUCAUCCACCUCUUACCUCGCACGAUCGCCACAUGUUUGGCUUGGAUGUACCGUGUCUGGCAGGUCCGAGACAAGGUCCUCCGCGAGAAGCUGACCCCCAAGUACGAGAUGGGCUGCCGUCGCGUCGUCGUUUCCUCGAAUUAUUUCCCAGCUCUUACCAAGAAGAAUGUCAACGUCCACACAGAGGCCAUCACAGGCGUCAAAGGCAACACGCUGAUUCUGAAGGAUGGCUCUGUGCAGGAGGUGGAUGCACUGGUCUUAGCCACAGGAUUCCAAGUUCAAGAGAUGGUCCCGCCCAAAUUUAUCAUCGGCAAGAACAGUGUCGACCUCAAGGAAAAGUGGGGCAAGAACCCGUUGACCUUCUAUGGCCUUACCACCCCCGAUACCCCCAACUUGUUCUUCUUGCUUGGACCUAACACUGGACUUGGACAUAAUUCGGUGCUGUUCAUGAUCGAGACUCAGGUCGAGUACGCUAUCAAAGCCAUGUCGUACAUGAUGGCCAAAAACCUUUCUUCGUUGGAGGUGACUUCAAAGGCAUGCAACGAUUUCAUCAAGGAUCUUGAUAGCAGAAUGGAGGACAAAGUCUGGUCGUCAACCUGCCAAAGCUGGUACCAGAAUGACGAGGGCCGUGUAACCGCGCUUUGGUGGGGAUCUUGCGGGCAGUACUGGUGGCGAUUGCGGAACUUUAACUCCAAGCACUUUGUGGGUCUCCGGAGGAUUUAAGGACGACACACACAAAAAAAAACCAGCAAGAUUCAGAAAGAAAAAUACAGAUGACAACGCCAAGGACAACCAGUCAUCUCGAUACCAUUUUUUUUUUCAUGCACACAGAUUACAUGAUUACAUAAAAAUAAAAAUUCAUCACGAG